UUACUUUAUCUAAGAAAUAUUCUCCUGGCACUGACCUCAUGAGCAAGUGGAUUCUAGAUGACAAACGCGUAAUAAACAUCAUUGUUACAAAAGUUGUUGGCGAAGCUGCAAGAGACAAGUAUACCACCAAACCAAUAGAAUGGCCAAACUAUACGAAAUCAGAUGCCCUUUACUGCCCAAUCAAGAGAAACGAGCUUGAAGAUCUUCCUCCAAUCUUGAUCGAAGUACAACACACCGCAAAUAUGAACUUCUAUAGAAGACUCAUGAAGUAUUCUUUAUUAGUUUGGGAGCAAUACUCCGUGUUACCAAUCGUGAUAGCUAUCUGUGUUCACUAUACUUCCAAUGAACUUCUUGAAAUGAGUUCUGUUUCUGAACGUAUAUCUUUUAUGAAGGAAUUGCCUUCACAUGGUUGGGCCAGGUCUUGCCUUUUGAUUAACAAAAAAUCAAUCCUGAACUUCGAAGAUGAAACCCCUUUGGAACCAAUUGUUGCUCUUGCUCAUUUCUUUGUUGAACAAAAGACUUCUUUGCUUCAUAUCAAAAGACAUGAUGAUGCUACUGUUCAAUUUCUUUACAGUAUUACUAAACGUAUAUUUGAAGGUGAACUCGCUGCUGAUAAAAACAAAAAUGAUGCUUUGGAAGAAGUUUGCGAUGAAUCGUAUAACCAAUUAACUAUGGCCAAGAGGUUAUUAGCUGAAGAUGUUUCUGAUGACGCCGCUCGCAAACGUACUAUCGAUUGCCUUGAUAACGGUAUUAAAUUUAUAAAUGAUUUCAAAAAGAAACACAAGCUCGGCCCUUAUUCUUCUGACGCGACAAACGAACCUACUGCUAGUUCAGUUGUUCAUGUUCAGAAAAUAAAUCCUGAUUGGCAAUUUGUUGACUCUUACCGCGAAGAAAAAGGUAAAGAUAUGGACUGGAGCAAAUGCUUCGAACUUGCAAAAGAAAAAGGACUAUUUAAAAAGUACACCAAGAUGGAUAGCGCAAAAGCAGCUUACUUUCGUGCCAAAAAAUGAAUAAAAAAUAUUUGUUUUUGCUAUCAU